CAAGAAGCAUUCGACAGGCAGCUUCUUCGCGCGUUUGUCUCCGCGGGCUGGCCCUGGUCUUCGAUCGGAGAUCCGGAGGUCCAGGCACUCUUCCAUAAUUAUGUACCCGGUGCACAACUCCCCUCUAGGCAGCGACUAUCCGGGUCUCUACUUGAACGGGAGGUUGGAAAGUCUCAGCAGUCAUGGAUUAUGAAGAAUAGCAGGUCGAGCACCCCUGUGUAUGCGACAAUUCAAUGUGACGGAUUGAAGGACAGAUCAAAGAAGCAUAUUCUUGCGUUCACACACACAGUCAACCGUGAGGUACGGGUCGGCAGCAUCUAUGAUCUCUCUGCCGAGCGCAAGACCGGAGAAAAUUUGUAUAAGCUGAUGGAGAAGGAGAUCGAGCACUGCCGGGAUGUUCUGAAGCUUGCGGUGAUUGGGAUUACUGGCGAUGCGGGUGGUGAUGAACGUAAGGCUCGCGCUUUAGCUGCAAAGGAGAGUCCGUGGAUGCUAUUUGCAGACUGCUGGGCACAUCAG